AGAAGGUGUCAAGGACCACUCUCCCCAGUCCUCUCUUCUUUGAUACUCGACUGGGGAUCUCAGAAAAUCUCCCAUUGAUGGGAGAUCAAAAUAAUUCGCAAACGACGCCGCUUCAGCUACCGCCUGGUUGCAGAUUCCAUCCUUCUGAAGAACAGCUCAUCCGCUACUACCUCACCGGCAAGAACACCACCGGCGCUCUCUCUUCUUCCGAUCACAAUGUCUUUGGUUUCAAUGCGAUCGGAGAGCUUGAUUUGUACGGUUACGAGCCUUUCAAUUUGCCUGAUACAGCGUGCUUUGAGUUCGGCCAUGGAGGAAGGAGGAGGCAUUGGUAUUGUUACACGGCUAGGGUUUUGAAGGAGAAAGGAAGGAGGAAGGCUGGGGGUGGGUUUUGGAAGAGGACGGGUAGGGUUAGGGAUGUGGUGGUUGGGAAAGACAAGGUUACGCUGGGGAGGAGGACGACUUUCGCCUUUUAUUUGGGCAAUUCAUCGAAAAGCGCGGUGAGGACCGAUUGGGUCAUGUUUGAAUAUGCCCUAGUCGAUCACCUCAAGGCUUCUUUUGUCCUAUGCCGAGUAUUUGUCAAAUCUCCAAGUGGAAACAAUGCAUCAGACCAUGUUAUAAGUUCUUGUGGUGAAGAAAGUGUUUCAGCAGUACGUCAUGUUGGUAUUCAGCAUGAUGGAACCGCAACAUCUGACAUUGUUGAAGCUAACGUGCAUGGUGACAACUCUGUUGACACAAAAAAUGAGAUCCCUAAGAUUUCAGCAAGAUUGGUUAGUGAACUAGAUGGUCAAGUUAUGACUCACCGGGGGUUUGUUGCCGACUUUAACUUUCCCUUGGGUAUUCAGCCACAUAAUCCUGUGAUGUCAACCAGUGGUGGCACAAGGUUUGUAGAUGGUACGACUCAAGGGUUAAUGUCCAUUCUAGAGGAAGAUUUCAUAGAGUUGGAUGAUCUUGUUUACCCACUUUUGGGCAUUGAUCAGUCAGGAUAGACAUUGAAAUGAUUGGUUAGACAUUAAAGCAUUUGGUUCAAGAGAACGGGGUUAAAAAAUUUUGAUGCUUGGAUUAAAUUAUUGCCUUAAAAUUGAUUGGCCAUGGGGUUUAGAUAAUCCCCACAAGAAAAAGGAAGGGAUUUAAAUAUUGAAAGUGCUUUAGAUAGCAUCAAAUGAAGACAUAUGCUGUCAUUUGUUGUGAAGUUGAGACACCCGGCAAAAGAAGAAGGCUGUGAAGUUAAAAGAUAAGUCAUGGCAGACUGGCUUUGCCUGUCAAGGUUUGAUAGGCAUUUUUCUCCAGAGGAACACAGGAGAUUGAUAUAUUUUACGAAGCCAAUCAAUCAGUAUCUGCUGCUUCACCUGGCUUGGGUUGAAGGAGAUUUUUCUUUAUCACUGUUCUCAUGUAUGGGAAAAUUAUAUUUUCCCUGCGGGCUGUAAAUUACCCCUGCCUUUUAGCAAGACUAUUGCUUUUAGCUUGAUCUAAUUUCCUUUACCAAAUUUUCUUGUUAAGGUAGAUAAAACUAUUAAAAGCUAUGGAUUGCAAUGGAGUAUGAUAGUAAUUGUGGGUUGAGACUACUGUUGGAUUAUGGAGUCAUGCUUCUGAGUUCUGAGAAA